CGCUUCGUUUAAGUCGUUACGUGGCAGUGGUAGCUGUGCUCUCCGUCUCCCUGCUGGAACACAAACUCCACCUCCGUAAUCCGGUGGUUGGCCGAGGUUUCUUAGGUGCUUCGUCUUUCUCUCUCUCUUUCCACUCUCCGUUUUCUGUGUAUAGUAACAGUAAUAGCGGAAUAAAAAGAAGAUGUUUACCUUGUCAGAGGUUCUUGCCCUUCUAGCCCUCUUCUCCAGCACGGCGUCCGGUUACUUUGUUAGCAUAGACGCGCACGCCGAUGAGUGCUUCUUUGAACGGGUCAACUCCGGUACCAAGAUGGGCCUCAUGUUUGAGGUAGCGGAAGGAGGCUUCUUGGAUAUCGAUGUGGAGAUUACAGGGCCUGACGGUAAACAGAUUUAUAAAGGAGACCGGGAAUCCAGUGGGAAAUACUCGGUUGCUGCCCACAUGGACGGGACGUACAAAUUCUGCUUCAGCAACAAAAUGUCAACCAUGACACCCAAGAUUGUGAUGUUCACUAUUGACAUUGGAGAGGCUCCGAAAGGGCAGGACAUGGAGACGGAAGGCGGUGGCGAUACCUGGGAUGCUCACCAGAACAAGUUGGAAGAGAUGAUCAAUGAGCUGGCUGUGGCAAUGACUGCAGUGAAGCAUGAGCAGGAGUACAUGGAGGUCCGAGAGAGGAUACACAGAGCAAUUAACGACAACACGAACAGCAGAGUGGUUCUUUGGUCAUUCUUUGAAGCUUUGGUACUUGUAGCGAUGACCCUUGGACAGAUUUAUUACCUGAAGAGGUUUUUCGAAGUGCGAAGAGUUGUGUAAAAACAAAACAAAAA